GUCCGGCAUUUAGCUGGUAUCUACCAUCGGCGCACGACACGUGUCGGAUCCAUUAGGGUGAUCGAGACGGGUCGUGUCACAGAGAGUGUUGAGCAAGAUGUUGAACAUUCUUACGCCAUGGCUUAUGGAGGCGGUGGUUUUGCUAUUAGUUACCCUCUGGCGGCAGAGCUUGUUAGGGUUUUGGAUGGGUGCAUUGAUCGGUACGCAUCAUUCUACGGCUCUGAUAAAAAGAUUGGGGCUUGCAUGAGUGAGAUCGGUGUUCCUCUUACCAAAGAGCUUGGAUUUCAUCAGUUUGAUAUAAGAGGAAAUCUGUACGGAUUACUAGCUGCACAUCCAUUGGCACCAUUGGUAUCAUUGCACCAUCUAGACUAUGUCCAGCCCUUGUUUCCAGGCAUGAGCCGGAUAGACUCAGUCAAGAAACUUGUCGAGGCUUACAAGAAAGAUCCCAGUCGGGCGGUACAACUCUGUUUCUGCUAUGACCUUAGUCGAAAUUGGUCAAUUUCUAUUUCUUGGGGCUACACCGUGCAAUUGUACCCGACCUUAGUGACGGCAAAAGAUUUGAGCACGCCAUUGCAGUCGUUCUUAACAUGGGGGUCUUGGGGUGAGGAACCGUUCACAUUUAAUACUCGGGCUAUGAACUUGGAACCGUGUCGAAGACCAGUUAUCUACUAUUACGACGGAGUGGACAACCUUGGAAAUGGACAGACCUUAACAUCGUACAGGAGGCCUGUUUCUGAGAUGAGGAGGAAACAAUGUGAUAACAAAGGUUAUGCCUCUGCUUAUGCAAUAAAGAUGUUCAAUGUCACUACAGAAGUCUUCGAUCCUGAACUAUGGAAGAAGGUGAGUUUAAUUUUUCUUAUUUCCUACUAGUUAAUAGUUUGUUCAAAUGUUACAUAAAGCAGGCAACGAAAAAGGAAUUUUUUUUUUUUUUUUCGAAUGAAAACUAGAAUGCGUUUAUUCUUAGCCUUCCUUGACCGGGAGCCUUUGAAAACCACUCAAGCUCAUGGUUUCCCUUCAAAUAUCAGCCAACAUUUCAUUUGCCUCAUCCUCCAUUUUCAUAUUGCUGGUGAGAGUCUUUGCAAACCUACCAUGUGCGUCGUCUCCUCCCAAACAACCAACAGUUCUAUUCUUUGCUCAUGUUUUGUUGUAACUUAAAAAGUAGAUAAGAAAUUAAGUCAAAAACAACAAUUAAAUUAUCUGUACAUUUCAUAGAUCCCACAAAUUUUAUCAAUUUUUUAACCACAUAUAUCGUCAAUUUUUAUCAAAAUAUACUAAAAAUUUUAUUUUUAACUACGCCAAACAUGGGUUUUAUGUUGAAACGAGAUGUAAAUGAAUAUUCCAUCUCCACUAGUAGACUUUUAGAUUAGACAUAUAGCCCGUGUUUGGUUCAAAUAAAAAAAUCAUAUUUUUAAAGGUGCUGUGUGACACGCUUGUGUACACUUCCUUCACAAAAUGGGGCCCGCGCCCCUUCCUUCUCAUGGAGGAGAGUGUAUACAAGCAUGUAAAAAUAACAAAUUUCUAUUUUUAAUAGAUUUUAAUAAAAAUUGAUUAAAU